GCUCAGUGUGUGAUCUACAUCGAGACCAUUGGAAGCAGAUUGAGGAGGGAUUCUUUUUUGUUGCUUGCUUUUGCUCCGAAAUUUGGAUAUCAGGUCAAAUGGCGGAGGAAAACAAUGUUUUUAAGAGUUACCUGACUUGCCAAGUUUGUUGUGAGACUUUCAAGGAACCUGUGUCUCUGGGCUGUUAUCACAACUUCUGUCGCGGCUGUCUUCAAAGCUUCUGGGAGCAAGCUAAAAACAAAAACUGUCCUACUUGUAUGAGAAAAUCCUCAAAGGAUUUUCUCCAUACUAAUUUUGGACUACAGGAAUUAGUAGACAACUAUGCUGGAAGACAGAGAGCUGAUCCACCCGAGUCUAGGGCAGUGUGUAAAACUCACACACAGGAUCUUAAAUGGUGUGAGGAGGAGCAGAGAGUUGUGUGUCUGGUCUGUGACCAGCAGGUCCAUGGUCUCACACUGGUUCCUCUAGAAGAUGAGGUGCGCAAUGUCAAGGUGCAGCUGAAAGGUCAAUUAAAGUCUCUGAAGAGGAGAAAGAAUACACACAAAGAGAUUUAUGACACAUAUGGUGACAUGACCCAACACUGCAAGAAACAACUGGUGGAGACAGAGAGACAGAUCAAGGAAGAGUUUGAACAGCUUCACGAGUUUCUACAUGAAGAGGAGAAGGAAAGAAUGGCAGACCUGAGGGAGGAAGGGAAACAGAAAAUUCAGACAAUCAUCCUGGAGCAGGAGAACAUUAAAGAACAGUUGUCCUCUCUCUCAGAGGUAAUCUCCGCUGUGGAACAGGACCUGCCGCCGAAAGACAACGCAGCGUUUCUCACCAUCCCCAGGGACCUCUGGUUGGGGUCUGGUCCACAGGUGCUUUCUGGAGGGCUGAUAGACGUGGCCAAGCACCUGGGAAACCUGUCCUUCAGAGUGUGGGAGAAGAUGAGGGGGAAAAUCCAGUUCACACCGGUUAUCCUCGAUCCAAACACGGCAUCAAACCGUAUUGUUAUCUCAGAGGAUCUGACCAGUGCGAGACAUAAGCCCAGACUACGGCAGAAUCACCCUGACAACCCAGAAAGGUUCAUGGAGUAUUCUAAUGUUGUAGGUUCUGUUGGCUUCACCUCAGGGAAACACAGCUGGGAGGUGGAGGUGGGAGACCAUCCCCACUGGCUGAUAGGGGUCGCUAAAGAGACCGUGGACAGGAAAGGCGAGGUUUGGGCCUCACCAGAAAAUGGAUUCUGGUGUUUAAUCCGUCACAAUGGAGGGUACGGUAAUGGUUCACGUGAAAAAUUGUAUUUGAAGAGGAAUCCAGAGAGGAUCAGAGUCCUGCUGGACUAUGGGGGAGGGGAGGUGUCCUUCUACGACCCUGAAGGCAAUGUUUCCCUCUACUCUUAUAGAUGCGCAUUUUCUGAGAAGAUCUUCCCAUUCUUUAGUGUUUGGGCAGCAGGUGAAGCUCAAACCAGAGAUGUGAAGGUGUGUGGUGUUAAAAGUGAUGGGAAUGUUGUAAGAGAAGAACUGAACACGGUUUAGCUCUGAGAUAUUGUAGAGUCGUUCACAGCACAAAAUGAUUAAUGUUUAAUGAGGACAGUCAAUAUACUGUAAUAUAACAGCCUUAUCUGUAUCUUUAAGAAGGAAGGGAUAGUCAAAGUCUACAUGUUACAUUAUCCAAUCUGCAGUAUAACAUGGUCCCUCUGCACAAUAAAAUACUUGACAGGGCAAGGCUCAGCUACAUAGUACCAACAAAAUAGACAUAAUAAAAAAGCUAAAAGGUGCAGGUUAAAUGAGAGGAGACAAUAUAGUGAGCGGGGUGACGGUAUUCAAAGGGAAGCGUCAGCUCGUUGUUCACCAGUUUGACGGCCUUGGGUUGGCCAGAUAGGAUAUGGGGGGGCCAGGGUAAUUUAGGGUUAAUGUCUAAAUACUGACUGCCAAGCUGUCGUCUGUUUCAAUCUGUAUAAACCAUUGAUUAUUGUAAACAGAAUGCUACUUGAUAUGUUGACAAAAAAAAAGUUGUAAUAUCGAAUCAAAUGUAAAAUAAAAGAAUUAUAACAAUAGAAAACAUUUAAACUGUUUAACAUAUAAUCUGUAUUGCAUGAUGUAUAAUGUAGUAUGCUUAGUGCUGGGAAGAUACCUGUAUGUACAUAUUCCUGUAUGCUGAAUAUAAUUCUAGAAAUUAUUGUUAAAGAUUUGUCCGCCUAAAAGGCGAACAAUUAAGGGUUAUACAAGUAUGUACAUAUUCCUGUAUGCUGAAUAUAAUUCUAGAAAUUAUUGUUAAAGAUUUGUCUGCCUAAAAGGCGAACAAUAAAGGGUUAUACAAAUGAUGGUGACUGUUUAUGAAUUGUUUGCCCUGCUAGAAUAUUACUGCAGUUUAAACAUUAAAGUUGAAUACAUUUUA